GCUCGACAGGGAUCCAGCAGACCUGGAACUCCUGCAAAAAGGAAGCCGUGCAACUGUAAAAAUUCAAAAUGUCUGAAAUUAUAUUGUGAAUGCUUUGCUUCGGGGCUGUAUUGUGAAGUUCAGUGUAACUGUCACUCUUGCCACAACAACGUCAGGUUCGAAUGGGAUCGACAGGCAGCUGUUGUUUCCACUCUUGAGAGGAAUCCGCAUGCUUUUCGACCGAAGAUUACACAGACUGGUCAACAAGGGAUUGUGGAUUCACCUGCCAAGGGGGCGCGAUGGCUUAUGUUUGUGAAGGCCCGGCAUAUGAAGGGAUGUCACUGCAAGAAAAGUGGAUGCUUGAAGAAAUACUGCGAGUGUUUCCAGGCUGCAGUUAUGUGUUCAGACACUUGUAAAUGCAUAGAAUGUCGUAAC